CAAAUCCAGACCAUUCAAUCGAAGAUGGACGGUACGCGUACGCCUUCAGGUAGCAGUCCCACUGACCGUCAGAGUGCAUCCCCAAAAGCAUGACACCGAUAGCUUCCCUCGGAGGAAAUAAAAAACAGCUAAAUGUGGUUUCCAGAGCCAGAGAAAAUGGCGAACAAGGGCAAUUUUUUCGUGCUUCUUAGAAAUUGGUGCUCAUGAUUAUUAUAUAUUUACCAUUUCCUGCUACCACCUUUUUACUGUAAAGCUUCUAUAAAUUGUUCCCACAACUGCCUUCUUGCGUCUCUCUCUCUCUCUCUCUCAAUGGCUUUCUGGUUUGUGGGUCUUCUGCUCUCUUCCGUUCUCAACCCUCUGAAGGCCAACGUUGAAGGGGAUGCACUCUAUGCUUUGAGGAGAGCUCUUCACGACCCCGCCAACGUGCUCCAGAGUUGGGACCCAACCUUGGUUAACCCCUGCACCUGGUUUCAUGUCACCUGCGAUCAAGAUAACCGAGUCACCAGACUGGACCUCGGGAAUGCAAGGCUAUCUGGAAGGCUGGUGCCAGAGCUAGGCAGGUUGGAGCGUCUCCAGUACCUUGAGCUUUACAAGAAUCAGUUGACUGGCAACAUUCCUGAAGAGCUUGGCAAGCUGAGUCGUCUUGUAAGCCUGGACCUGUACAGUAACAACCUUACAGGAACCAUCCCUCCAUCGCUAAGCAAGCUUGCCUCAUUGAGGUUCCUGAGGUUGAACAGGAACAGAUUGACAGGCAGAAUCCCCAGGGAACUUACACAGCUGAAGAACUUGAAAAUUUUUGAGGUUUCAGACAACGACCUGUGUGGUACGAUUCCUACCUCAGGCUCCUUCUCCAAGUUCUCGGAAAAGAGUUUCGAGAACAAUCAACGGCUGAAAGGUCCAGAGCUGAUCGGUUCUGUGAGUUACGUCCUUGCCUGCAACUGAAGCAAUGACAUUUGGUUGUCUGCUGACCUGGAGGUGGAAGGAGACAAAGAAGGCUACCAAACAAUGAAUUCAAUCAGUUUUUUGAGUUGUUAGUGAGGGCUGCAUGUGAUGAAAAGUGUCUCUGUUUUUUGACUUACGUCCAAACUUUCGCCCUGUGAAAGAAUAUAUAUAUGUUGAAAAUUGGGGAGUCCUUGUAGUUUGUUAGGCACGCAAUGUUAGUCCUGGCGUGGCUUUAUAUCAUGCGUCCUGUUCCUUAUAAUGUGAACAAAACCAUGAA